AUAAAGAUGAAGGUUGUCGUCAGCUGAGCAACGGAAAUAAUAUCAUGGCAGCUGGAUAUACGGAUUUGAGGCAGAAAUUGCAAUAUAAACACAAGAAUAGCAGUGCAGAUGACAAGGAAAAAAAGUACUCGCCGCACCACUACCCGCCCUUCCACAGCGUGGACGACAGCUUCGUGGUCCUGAAGCGCAUCCACACGGGCAUCCAGCAGCGUCGGCUGUUCGACGGGGAGCAGUGCGCGCUGAUCGAGCGCAAGAUCGACGAGGUGGUGACGCUGGCCGACCGGGGCGAGUACAAGCCGUGCACCGUGGACCGCGCCCCGCUGCGCAACAAGUACUUCUUCGGCGAGGGCUACACGUACGGCUCGCAGCUGUCGAAGCGCGGUCCCGGCAUGGAGCGCCUGUACCCGCCCGGCGAGGUGGACCCCAUCCCCGACUGGGUGCGCGAGCUGGUCAUCAAGCCGCUGGUGGGCGCCAACAUCGUCCCGGACGGCUUCAUCAACUCUGCCGUCAUCAACGACUACCAGCCCGGCGGCUGCAUCGUGUCGCACAUCGACCCCAUCCACAUCUUCGACAGACCCAUCAUAUCAGUGUCAUUCAUGAGCGACAGCGCGCUCAGCUUCGGCUGCAAGUUCAGCUUCAAGCCAAUCAGAGUGUCCAAGCCCAUCUUGUGCCUGCCCCUGUCGCGGGGCUGCGUCACCGUCCUCAGCGGCUACGCGGCCGACAAAGUGACGCACUGCGUGCGGCCGGAAGACACGGUCGCGCGGAGAGCUGUGAUACUUCUGCGCAGGGUGUUCCCCGACGCGCCCCGGCUGGCCGCUGACGAGGUCGCGCCGCCGUCCGUCCCAAGACACCACCAGGAGAUAAACGGCCUGUCCAGGUGCGUUCUUCUUCUCGCUGUGCCUCGGCACACGGCGUUCGGCAUUCGGCAUUGGGACAAACAUCACAUGCAACGGAAACGUGAGACCGCGGUGCUGCCAUCUUUGGGUGGAUGGCCGGAGGAGGCGCGGGAUGGCGCGACGGCCCGCAAGCGCGUGAUGGUGGUCAGCUCCUCGCUGCACCCGCGCCGCCCCUCCGAGGACAGCAGCGAGGACGAGGACGAGGAGGAGGAGGGGGCGGAGCAGGCGCGCGACCGGCGCAAGCGGCGACGCCUGCUGCGCGACGGCAGCCCCAGCAACAGCGAGCGCUAGCCGCCGGCCCCACAGGUGCAUCCAGGGAAGACGAGGAGCGCAGACCACGAAGUACCGUUGUUUUGUUUCCUUGUCAACAGUCGCCAACACGCCUCGGUUUGAUUUCCGUUUUGCAGGAAUGUAAUUAGUUACUUGCUUUCUAGCACUCUUUAGCGUAGCAUAUGAUUAGAAGAGGAAGUCAUCAAGAAAAAACGAGUGUUGUGUUGUUUUUUUUUUUUGUUGUCUCGCUGCACUAAGCUGUGUUUCGCCCUGCGAGCAAUUCUCACAGAGCACGCACGCAACACGUCGCACACACGCUCCGACCACAGCGAAAAAAUUAUUUUGUUGUGUUGCUUGGGAGUAAUGAAGCCUGUGCUGCCGUGUUUUUUUAUUGAAUUCUUCUGCAAUAUGUGUUUGCCGUUAAUUCAACUCGUAAUGCUUGCGUGUAAAUUCAUGUUUCAUUUUCCAUAAGUGUGCUAUGUAAGUAAAAAAUAAUAAUUUUAUUUUGAAAAGCUGUGCCUAAAUGACAAAAAGAUGGGUUUUUAAAGGUUCGAGUAUUCUUCUGGGUGUUAAUAAAGAUGUAAAGGCAAUUUUGAUGGUGCUCUUUGAUCUGGUUAUAAGUUAACCAAAUGCAUAACACAUUGUGUAAUUUUUUUUUGGUGUUCCAUUUAUGUAGAUUUUUCAAAUUUCAAAUGGAUUUUUCACAGCUUUAGUAUCUUAGGAGCAGUUUUUUUUCCGCUUUGUUGCAGACUUCCGUUAAUACUUACUUAUUACUUAUUUUCUUUUAACCAAGUAUUUGUAGUGCUGUUGUAACGGUGCUGGUUCUCUUAACCAUUGCUUCGUGUAUUAACUUGUUCCCGCUCCCGCUCUGAGUAGAAAAGGCACCGCGUGCCGACUUGAAGCGUUUGCUGCUCUUCGGAACAGAACCCGACGAAAACGGUCUUGCGGGGGCAGUUCUGGUUUUCAGUUCAUCUUAUCUGUGCCUUUCUGCGUGAAUGAUCGGUCGUUCGGGAUGCGGCCGGCGGCCGAGUGUUACCAUGUAAAUUAACGUAAAGCUUGUAAAGUUGUACAUAGUGUAACUUGUUUUUUUUUUUGUGAUGUGUCGUUUACAGUCGGUAGACGUUUGUUUGUCCAGUUUUGCAACUGUAAAGAAGAAAAAAAACAAUUGUGAAGCUUUUGCAACACAUGUAUAUAUUAAAUAUUGUAUUAAUAAUGAUUAUACAUUAAUUGGAUACUUGUGGUUUUAGUUUGUGGCAUGGCAAGGUCGAGGUUUUGUUGGAUGUGACUGUACAAGAGGCCAGAACUCACGGCGUGUUGUUUGAAGAUUCGUAUUUGUAAUAAACGCGAGCACUUUGUAGAACUGUACUGUUGGAGUUUUCCCAUGUGAGCUGGUUGAAAGUUGACUUGCCACUGGAGUAAGUAUUUUGCUGGAAUACAGAUUGCGCGGUGGGUGGAUUCAGCGUUCCGUACCUCGCGCAGUCGUUUCGCCUCCGGAAGUGUGGAUGCAGGUCGCGGGGAGUGCGAUACAACAGCCUUACAUUUCAUCGCUGAUAGCGGCGUGCCGAUUGCAACUGUGCAUUUAUUCGAUACAGCCGUCGUGGCAGAUACUCCGUAGCAAGUGAACACACGUCACUUAUAAGGUAAUAAUUUUGUGUUCCUUGGACCAAUCAAUCCUCAGAUACUUAGUAAUUAAAGGAUUCCGUAUUGUAGAAAAAAAAUUUGAACAUGAAUAUUAGAGGAAAUAAAGUAAAUUUAAAAAAAUUCAACACUGAUAACCUCUAAGUGUACUAGCUCAAUUGUUUUUAUACUAUUCUGCUACCAUUUCCCAAGAUAUACUUUUAACAUGUAAUUACAUGUAUGUUCAUAUAAUUACAUGUUUUUAUUCUGGAAACCUUGUUUGCGAAACACACAUUUGAAGGGUAUUGUAUAGUUAAUAUUUUUCAUUUAUUGUAAAUUACAUAUUUUUCACACCUAGAUUGGGUUUGAAGGUGUAUAUUGAGGUAAAAAUUCUAGGUUCGCAUUCAAGAAAAUUGGGAUUUGACUCGUCACUGAAAUCUAAAAUGAAUUGCAAUUUAUCUCUAUGGUGAAAAUUACAGCAAAAUAAAAAAAAAUCAACAACGCGAAAAAAAUUAGGUAUUUAAAUUUAAAAAAACUGUGUGAUGGAAAGUAAGGAGAAUUUUUGUACAGAUUUGUGUGAACACCCUCGUAAAAGACAACCAGUUGGCUGGUUGAAGCUGUUUCAGACGGCACGCGUGUGAAGUCUGGCCUCUUAAAAAGCUGUGAUCAGUAUGAAAAGCAGUAUUUUUGUAUGACAGUGUGUUUGAACCUCGGGCAUGUGUUGUUAUUUUCGUCGUUUCCGUCGAUGGAUGAUGUUAACCGUUUUGAUAUUGUCCCAGGACUGUUGUGAAUGUGGGGUGAAUAAAGUUAAGAAAAGACAAAGUGUGAAACCACUUCGGUGCGUAGUGUUUGUCGGUUCUGUGUGAAAAUGUGUAGCACUGUUGGUUUUUUUUCAGCCGUAACAUUGUUGGUGCUGUGUAAACUCACGUGUGGGCAUUAAAACCAAGCAAAGUACGCAA